AUGUGAGUUUUAUUUCAAGGUUGAGCAGGAAAAGCUGCAGCUCUCACUUUCUGCUCCCCUCUGAGAAAACCGAGGAAAAACUCCAGGAUGGCAGAGAGACGGGCGACGGCUGCAGCAGAACCGGACUUCUUGCAGUUCAACGACCUGGCCUGCGAGGCGGAGGGAGGGAAGGUCAUUUUCGCCACAGAUGAAUGGUUUGCUCCGGCUAAGAACCUGCUGAAGCGAGAGGCUCCGCAGUUCAUCCCGUCGGCCUUCACGGAGUUCGGGAAGUGGAUGGACGGAUGGGAGACGAGGAGGAAGAGGAUCCCUGGUCAUGACUGGUGCAUCGUUCAGCUCGGAGUCCCUGGUUUGAUCCACGGACUUGAUGUCGACACGUCUUUCUUCACCGGAAACCAUCCGCCUUACGUCUCCAUCCAAGCCACCUGCCUCGAUGAGCUGCCCUCCUUCACUCCCGGGGAAGACCGGACUGGCAUGGCCGCCACUGCAGCUCAGAUAGCUGCUGUUGCCAAGCUGAGCUCGGAGGUUUGGCCGGAGCUGGUGGGCGUGGCGCCGCUGCAGCCUGGACACGCUGACCGCUGCCACAACUACUUCAGGGUCAGCAGCAGGAGCAGAGUCACACACCUGCGCCUCAACAUGCAUCCAGACGGAGGAAUAGCCAGACUCAGGGUGUUCGGUGUCGGGCAGCGGGAUUGGUCUGCCGUCCCGACCAAUCAGGACGUCGACCUCGUAGCGCUGACCAAUGGGGGAGUCUGCCUCGGCUACAGCGACGCCCACUUUGGACAUCCGCGCAACAUGAUUGGACGCGGUCGAGCCGCCAACAUGGCGGACGGAUGGGAAACGGCCCGCAGAUUAGACCGGCCCAAAACGCUCCAGGCGGACCAGCAGGGGAUCCUCCAGGUGCCGGGCUGGGAGUGGGCCGUGUUUCGUCUCGGUCAUCCUGGGCUGAUUGGCAGCAUUGAGGUGGACACCAACCAUUUCAAAGGUAAUUUCCCAGACUCCUGCCGGAUCGAAGCGUGUCUUUUAACCCCCGAGGAGGAGGCGCGGUGCGUCCAAACCAGAUGGAACUCUGGGAAAUGGGAAGUUCUUCUUGCACCUCAGAAGCUCCGGCCUCAUCACAGGCAUCACUACAGCAAAGCAGACCUGGCGCCGACUCGGCCCGUCAGCCAUGUUCGGCUCAUCAUCGCUCCGGAUGGAGGCGUCAGCCGCCUCCGUCUGUGGGGUCGGCCCACUGGAGCUCCAGCCAAUCAGAGCAGGCCGUCAUCCAAACUGUGACAGGCUCAAUUCAACAUCACUGACCAUGAGGGACGUCCGAGGAUCUUAUUUUGAAGGAAUUUGAUCUAAAUUUAAAAGUUUUAAAAUCAAUUUUCAGUAUAAGAAAAGUGGAUGGUUCUAAUAUAACAAACCCACAGACAACUUUCCCAGGUUUACAGGAAAACAAGCGAAUGUUUGUCUCCGACAGGUCCGUCUGUGUCCACGGACAACGGAGAGGACACCUGGACUCAGAGGACACUCUGGGUCUGCUGAAGUCAUGUUGAACAGAACCACAGAAGCUGUUCUGUUUGGAUCUUCUUCACUUUGAGUUUGUCAUUAUUUCAAAUUGGAUCUGGUGUCGAGACGACAAGAUGUUAAAUUAUGACGUCAAAUUUCCUUUAAAUCAUAUUUGAUAUGAGCAACAUUUUUACGUCACUGUGUUAUGAAAUGCCUGGAAAAUAUAUAGCACUGUCCCUUUAAGAGUUCUUGUUUUCUUGAAAUAAAAUGUCUUCUUCAUUUCCAUCCAACUGGAAAACCCUGGACUCAGGUUGGUCCAGCAGAAACAUUUAUCUGCAACACAGCCACUCGUUUAGAUUCACGUUCAUCAGCUUCUUCUUCUCCAGCUGCAUUUUUCCACAGUUAAUAACGUGAAAUAAACAACUGGAGGUCAGAUGAGUGAGGAUCAAUGACGGCUCCAUUUUCUUCCUCCUCAAAAACGAGUUGUUUUAAAAGAAUCGGCAUUGAUUUCCUUCAGUCCUUUUCUGUUUUGCAUCGCACAUUUCUAUGUGCUGCUGCUGCGUUUAAGCAUCUGAAGCUCCGCCCCUUCCAUCACUCACAGCUCUGAGCAUAAACCUGACCUCUGACCCCAUCUGGGCAGCUUCAGCAGGGAGGCAGCCAUGUUUGUCAGCUGCUCAGAUGUUACUGAAAUUACAGUAAUUAUCCGCGCUGUGUGGUCCAGCGUGUCUGAGUGUGGCUGCUGACUCUGACCUUUUGGGACCCUCCACUCAUUUCCCACCUCGGUGGGUUUUCACCAGAUGUUGGACGUCGCAGGAACAUUUUCCACAACUCACUAAUCGGUUGUUUUAACAGGAAGUUUAUUCCACACAUACAUUUUAACUUGUUUUUCAACAUAAGAUAAAUAAUUUAAGGCCUUAUUUGAGUUCUGUAAAAUGUGUUUUUCUUUUAAAGAUAAAUAAUUAUGAGACAAUAUUAUCUGGAUAACAAUUCAAGAAAUAAAUGUUGUAAAUAAAAUAAACAAAACUAGUAAAAAAUGUUUUAUUUUUUAUUCAUGUCAAUGAACUGAAGCCGCAGAACAGCUCCCCCUGGUGGAAGUACUACAGUAAUACAUAUUGGGUUUAUUGAAUCAGGUCCAAAAAUAACAAAAAUAAAAAAGCCCUUCAUAUUUAUGUAUUUGUAAAUAAAUAAAACCUGAGUAUGCAGCAUGUUGGUAAAAAGAAAAGUUAAAAUAUGAUAAAAUCUGAUCUUUAAACAGAUUGAAAGAGGCUCAUUUCAGUCACGAGUGCAAAUCCAAAUGAUAAAAGAAGUUAUUUCCGUUACAUUUUUAUUUUAAAUGUUAUUCUGGAAACUGCAACCUUUCCAACAGUUGCUCAUUACAUUGGAUCUGUUUGUUCUAUGUCUGGGUUUGUUUGGUUUAAGCUCCACAUGUUUAGGUUUUAAUUGAUUUUGCCGACUUUGUGGAAUCUGAGCAGCAGAAAUCUGACGUUUCCUCAAACAUUUAUCCAAGGUAAAACAGAGGACUUGUCUAAAUCAGAGAGGAAAUUCAGCAGCUUAAAUCGAUGAAGGAUUUGUUUUUUCUGUGCUUUUAAUCUGAAACAAUAAACACUGCAGAGCCUCCAAACUCUGUUUAUACAUUUAAAUAACUUUAGUUCCAUAUUCAAACC